UGGAAAAAAAGACCUAUUUAAUAACGUCAACACAGGCACUUUCUUUUUACUCAUUCUCAUUCUGUCUCUAAACUUUCCUUCUUCCUCAAGCUUCUCUCUCUUUGAUCUCGAGUUAGGGUUCCGAUCAUAAUGACAACAAUCGACGAUGAUCACACGGCUGAGAGAAAUAAGAUGGGGUCGACCUCGGAGCUUUAUGAGUUGGCGGGUGUCAAGGCUACGUUGAAUGAUGCAGAACAACGCGCAAGAAAAGGAAAAGCCAAGAUUGUCUCUAAAGAAGAAGACAACGUCUUUAUCAAAAAGAAAAAAGACGAUGACGAAGAGAGCGAGAAGAAGAAAUUCUUCAGUCAUGUCCCCAGAAAGAUAAGGCCUGCGCUUAGAUACCCACAACCUAACUUUGAAAACCCUAAUGGGGCUUCUACUUCUUCUUCAUCGCCUUGUUCUUCAACCUUACCCUUUGGAAACUACAUCCCUGAUGAGUACAAGAAGACAGAGAUGAAAAACCCAUCAAACACUAAUCACCAAUGGUCUCCAUAUCCGUGGCUAACGGAGUACACAAACCCCACCGAGGUGCGUGAGAUGUUACAGAGAAGGAGUAGUGGUGGAUUCAAGAAACCGAAGGUAACUUUUUUUCCAAGGAGGACGUGGGGGAUGCCGUGGUGGCAAUUUCAGGUGAUGAGAGACAUGAAUGGAGAAGACCUGACACUAAUCUUAGAGAAGACUCUGUCCAAAUCUGAUGUCAACCCAACACUGGGCCGUCUCUUAAUGCCUUUCAACAGCUUAAUCAGGAACGAGUUCUUGACGCCUGAGGAGCGGAGUAUCAUAGAAGAAGAUAUCGACAAUGAUGAUGAUGAGAAGAUGGAAGUGGGAGCCAUUCUCGUGGAUCCAAGGUUUGAAAAGUGGGGUGUGGUUUUGAAGAAAUGGGAGGUGGGGAAUCAUUCAGGAAACGUAAGCUGGAAUUACUGUUUGACUUGUGGUUGGAACGAUGUUGUUAAGGCUAAUGAUUUGAAAGACGGUGACAACAUCGGUGUUUGGGCGUUUAGGUGCGGUGGAGUCCUCUGUUUUGCCCUUAUGCCGUGGAAUCCUAUGUUUGCCCUUGUUCCUCCUCUUACAUUGAGACAGAGUAGCUCUUCCAAUGCUCUCCGUCUCUGCUAAGCUUCUUGUCUCUGUGGAGAUUGAUCUUCUUCUUGUCUAAGUUCAAGCGAUUCUAGAGGUUUUUGUUCAAGUAAUGGAGGUUUCAUUAUCAACGUUGUGGUUUUUAUUGAUUGAUUUUACACCUUGUUGGCUUUUUUCCUCUGUUAUUAUUAUUAAGCUUGUUGUUUCUGAGUCUAUACUAUGAUUCGAUGACUACUUUGACAUAAGCAUGCUUAUGUGGUCUCUUGGACUAUUAGAUAGCAAAAUCCAAUUUUGAUUACUAAGUCUAAGAACGAACUGAUGAAUGUUUUUAACAUGACUCUGGUUUU